AUGGCGGAGACCACGCGGCCCUCAGACAACCAAGAGGUGCAACGCAAUCAUGUGUCCAACCUGGACCGCAUAUUUCAAGAAUUCUGGCUCAAGCUGGAGCACAGACUUCAACAAAGUACAAUACAGAAAGCCACUCACCCUGACAGCCGCCAUCUGACCCCCAGCGACAACGAGCAGCUCCAGCAGGGAACAAAGCCAAAAGAUGGCGGCAGAGAGUUAAACACUCACCUCCUCCACGCAAGCUGCAACACGGAGACAACGGGCAAGACUGAGCACAAGACCUCCUCAAGCACUCACUGCAACAGAGGUUACUAUACUCCAGCUGCACGGUCCAGCCAGUCAACCACUACCACACACGAUGGAUCACCGCAAC